AAUUUAUCCAAAUUAAAUCUGGUUCUCCUUUUGGCUCAUUUCAUUUAUCUUUGUUUUCCAUUGCCUGUCAAGAACUCUGUCAUUAGCUUUUUUAGCCAAACGAAGAACAUUCUCAGUUAUGGAUUACCCAACUGAAGACAUGAACUGUGUUCUAAGAUUCGAUACCCGGUUCCUUGGAUGGCGUGUGAUGCUUGUCAGAGUCUUGGACAGCAUUGAUGGUAUCACUUAUAAAAUAGAUGGAGAAAAGGGAAUUGUCCAAAUAACAGGAAGAAUAAACCCUAGACAAUUGAUGAAGACGCUCGCGGAAGUAGGGUUACACGCAGAUUUCUCUCGGGUGAGAUCCCAAUUUGGAGAGACGAAUAUUCCUUCGAGACAUUGUUAUGAUUACCGGUACUAUGGUGGCUAUGGAUAUAAUCCCUAUGUAAAACCAGAGUAUUAUUAUGGCUAUCCUCCUCUUCAGCAAAGAAACUGGCACCCCAUAUAUGAAAACUACCCACGUUACUUGCAUUAUAAUCAGAAUCAACCUGUCUAUGAGCCACAGGCUGAAUACUUCCCGCAGCCGCCACCGCAACCAGACGGCUUUCGUAAUGGUGACCCCGAGUGGUGCGCCAUAAUGUGAAAGACAUUAGUUAUUUGACCUAAUGUUCUUUUGUUGGAAACCUUAAUGAUUUUAGUAAACAAUAACUUGUCCAAGUUUUUUUAUGCAAUGGACAUUCAUAUGUAGCUGUUAGGUUAUUUAGACAUUUGAUC